AUGUUCGGCGACUCCGACGGAUCCAAGGACGCCAGCGCCGCCGCGCCCGGGUCCAACCCGCCGGAGCCGCCCUUCCCCAACCGGGAGCUCACGCUCAGCAGCUACCUCUGCGACAAGGCGCCGCCCGCCUCGGCGGCGGGGCCAUCCUCGCCGCCCAACCCCGAGGCGGCUGCUGCCCCGGCCGACGAUGCCGCGGCCAACGCCAAGCUGUGCGUCGAGCGGGAUUUCCUCCACCUCUCCGCGCCCAAGCGCGGGGAUCCGCCGGGCGACGACUCGUCCGUGGUCGGGGCUAAGAAGCCCCGCCUAGACUCGCUCCAGCUCUCGCUCUCCCUCUCCAACGACGCGCCCGCCCCGCCGCCGCCGGCCUCCCAGCAGCCGUCCUCCUCCCUGCCUCCGUCGCAGCUCGCGUCACUCCUCCCGGUCGAUGGCGAUCUGCGGGGCGGGGGGAGCGUCGCGACCGCAGCCGCCGCGGUGCCUGCAGCCGCGCCUGUCGCGCCGCCCCCCAGGCGGACCUACAGCGCCAACACGGGGCGCACCCGGAGCAUCAACUCCGACGACAUGUCCUAUUCCUACUCGGUGUUCUCGCACAACCCGAGCUGCUCCCUCACGCACAACUCCACCGACAUCUACGCCGCCGGGGAGGGCACCAACGGCUCCGUCCACAGCCGGUUCAACUUCCGCCCCAUGGGGGACGGCAGCGUCGCCUUCGCCCCGUCGCAGCUCAAGGAGGGCACCUCGUCCUUCUUACCCACGGAACUUCCCGCCAGGAUGGUACCGCCAGCAGCGUCACUCAGCGCUGGCGGCAGCUUUGACGGCAGCCGCGGAGGUAUGCACUCGUCACGCCCUGAGAGGAUCUUGCGGGACAUCGUGUCGGACCCUGUGCCUGCCAUGGCUCAGGUCCUGCAGGAUUUUCCCAGUGAAACCCUGGAGGUGCUGCGGGAGACUGUGCGGAGCAUGAUUGAUGCUCCGGAGAAGAGGGACGAGCUGUCAAGCCUGCAGCGGAAGCUGGACCGUCGCUCGGACCUGACUGCCGAGGUAUUGGGGCGUGCUAACAAGACGCAGCUGGAGAUCCUGGUGGCUAUCAAGACUGGUAUGGCCACUUUUGUUACUGGUAAGGGCCGAGUUUCGAGCAGCGAGCUUGUGGAGAUGUUCCUACUGACACGGUGCCGCAACAUGAACUGCAAGAGUGUCGUCCCUGUGGACGACUGUGAGUCUGGGUUGGAUGUGAUGUCUGCUCCCAUUGGUGCCAUGCAUGCAUGCGCGCUAGAGAAGAACUUGAUAAGGCCAGGGCCGACACUGAAGGGGGCGAUGGGCACAACUGAGAUGCAGUUCCAAUGCCUCGGCUGCAACCAUGCUUCUGAGAUGUUUGGGUUUGUUAAGGAGGUGUUCAAUUGCUGUGCAGAGAACUGGAGUCCUGAGACGCAGAUGAAAGAGCUAGACUUUGUUAGGAAGAUAUUUGCAGCUAGUGAGGAUUUCGAGGGGAAGGGGCUCCAUGCCAAGGCAGAAGAGGUCCUCAGCAUGCUUUUAAAGAAAAUCAUUUCCCCUUCUGAUGCGACGAAGACCAUGCUACAAUUCUUUAAAUAUGGUGUAACAGACUAUUCCGUUACUGGUAGCAAGUCAAAAGGAAUACUGGCGGCUCAGACGAGUAAAUCUACAGAUAUGCUUCAUCUUCAGACCCCAACCAUCACUCCACCAAAAUCCUCAUUCAACUUCAAGCCCAGCAUCUCCAUUCUUGAUUCACAGAUGGAUGUGCUCAAGGCCAGCCCAAAACCACUCUCUAUAGAACCCCAUUUCAGCUCCAGCUCAAAGGAUGAAGACUCCUCCAGCCUUGAGACCAUUGUGAAGUGCAAGGAAGCUGAGGCAAAACUGUUCCAGAAACUGGCCGAUGAUGCCAGGAAGGAGGUAGACAGCUACCGGCAGAUCGUGCACGCCAAGACCCAGAAGCUAGAGGAGGAGUACGCCACGAAGGUGGCAAAGCUGUGCUUCCAGGAGACGGAGGAGAAGAGGAGGAAGAAAGUCGAAGAGCUGAAGAUGCUUGAGAACUCGCACUACGACUACCACAAGAUGAAGCUGCGGAUGCAGACCGAAAUCCAGGGCCUGCUCGAGCGGAUGGAAGCCACAAAGAAGAUGUGGGUAUAG